CUCUGGCGAAAAAAAGGGGGGGACUUGGGUUAUCUUCGCGAGUUGUUCCUGCGGCGGCAAUCUCGCGUCUGCCGGCGCCGGCGAUAAGGCGUGUGGUAGACGGCCAACAGCACCAGUGACAGUGCCUGCAGAGGCCCAUCCACUAGGAAUGACUGCCUCACUGAAGCGCUGCUGCCUUCUCUUCUCCUCUCCCAUCUCCCCCAUCUCCCUCGCGAGAUUGGGCCCUCAAAUCUCCGCCCGCGACCUCUCCUCCCUCUUCCUCAGAUCAAAGGAAAAGAAAUAUCUCUCCUUUUCCCGACCCUUCUUCUCUCCUCCCCAACCCAUUCCUUGCGACGGCGCCAAUGGGAGGACGCCGGUGUCGGCCGAGGCGAAGCCGGCUACGGAGCUUUACCUCUACAAUACCAUGGAAAGGGAGAAGGCUCUAUUUCAGCCGAGGAUUCCCGGUAGAGUGGGUAUGUACGUUUGUGGCGUUACCGCCUACGACCUCAGCCAUAUCGGCCACGCUCGGGUCUAUGUUACCUUUGAUGUUCUUUAUCGAUAUUUGAAGCAUCUGAAUUAUGAUGUCUGUUAUGUGCGAAACUUCACGGAUGUUGAUGACAAGAUUAUUGCUAGAGCAAAUGAAUUGUGUGAAGAUCCCUUAAAGUUGAGCAGUCGUUAUUGUGAUGAAUUUCACAUUGACAUGGCUUACCUUCAAUGUUUGCCUCCGUCUAUCGAACCACGUGUUUCUGAUCACAUAAAUCAGAUCAUAGACAUGAUUAAGCAGAUUCUUGAUAACGGUUAUGCCUACAGACUUGAUGGAGAUGUGUAUUUUUCUGUUGACAAAUUCCCUGCUUAUGGUCGACUAUCUGGACGGAAAUUAGAAGAUAAUCGAUCGGGAGAAAGGGUUGCUGUGGAUUCGAGAAAGAUAAAUCCUGCUGAUUUUGCUCUAUGGAAGUCUUCCAAGGAUGGCGAACCAUAUUGGGAGAGCCCGUGGGGACCAGGAAGGCCAGGAUGGCACAUAGAAUGCAGUGCGAUGAGUUCGACAUAUCUUGGUUAUAUGUUCGACAUACAUGGUGGAGGGAUGGACCUUGUGUUUCCCCACCACGAGAACGAAAUUGCCCAGAGCUGUGCUGCUUGUAGCAAGAGCAGCAUAGCCUAUUGGGUACACAAUGGAUUUGUCACUGUAAAUGAGGAAAAAAUGUCCAAGUCACUGAAAAAUUUCUUCACCAUUCGCGAGGUCUUAGAGCUUUACCACCCAUUGGCUUUGAGGUUCUUCCUAAUUGGUACUCAUUACCGGUCUCCAAUUAACUACUCGACAGCACAUCUUGAUGUUGCUUCUGAUCGACUGUAUUAUAUCUAUCAAAGCCUUUUGGAUUGUGAAGAAGCUUUACGCCAGCAAGCCCGUCUUAGUGAUUCUCUACCACCAGAAACUCUUCAAUGCAUCGAUAAACUUCAUCUCGAUUUUGAGAGUUCAAUGUCAGAUGAUCUGCACACUCCUGUCGCAUUGGCUUCCAUCUCUGAACCUCUUAGAAUAAUCAAUGAGCUUCUGCACACAAAGAAGGGUAGGAAGCAAGAACUGAGAAUGGAGUCUCUUUCUGCUCUGCAAAAGGGAAUCAGUAAUAUUUUGAGCGUUCUUGGAUUAGUUCCUUCAAAUUUUUCUGAGAUAUUACAAGAGCUGAGGGAGAAGGCUCUGAAAAGAGCUGAAAUCACAGAAGAUGAACUGCUGCAAAAGAUUGAAGAAAGGACAUCGGCGAGGAAAAAUAAGCAAUACGAGAGAUCCGAUGAGAUCAGGAAAGAGCUAUCUACCAUCGGAAUCGCUCUCAUGGAUAGCCCCGAUGGAACAAGUUGGAGGCCUACCGUCCCACAAAGUGUCGAGGAGCAUGCGAGUGUAACAUGAUUGCAUUCUUUUCUCAGGCAUUCACCGAAGUAGCUUCUUUUUUGUUUUUUUUCCUGCUCUCAGAACUGGCCAAUUAAACAUAGAAAUGUAAUUCUUUUUUGAAGUUAUUGUUUCAUGUAUCCAAACACCAUAAAACAUGAAUAAUUUGACUCAAGAAACCACCUUCCUUAGGUCUUCUUCAUUAGGUUUUUAAAAAAUUUUGAGAUUGAAUA